AUGAAUGCUAUCCGGUGCUUUAUAAAGUCGCAAAAAGAGUGGUAUAUUCACUUACCACAGAAAGCGGGUGUAUUAAGGUGUUCGGUCAACCGACAAACAUUAUAUACAGCCAAUCAGUUAAUGCUUGGGCGUGAGACCAACCAGCCAGCAGAUAUCUUAUACCGCAAUCCACCAGGAGAAAAGGCACAGGAUGUGGAUACAUAUGUGGAAAAGCUCAUCGAUGUCAUUCAAAGUGCAAAUGAUGUGGCAAGGAGAACCUUAAAAACGUCACAGAAACGAAUGAAAAGGGAUUACGAUGUCCGCGAACAUGAAACCCGGUAUAAAGUUGGGGAUGUUGUCUUCAUAUUUGACACUGCAACGCCGUCUCGUCAAAAUCCCAAAUUGAAGUCAGUAUGGAAAGGUCCUGGAGUCAUCAUGAAGUGCUACACGCCGCAUGUGUAUGAAGUGCAUAUUGGUAGAUCAGAGAAAGCUGUGAACCAUGCGAUUGAAAUUAUGCACCGACCGUAA